UAGAUUUUGAUUUAUAAUAUUUAGAUCUAUAUUAUAGAUCUAGAUCUUAUAGUUUAGAAUAAGAUCGUAAUUGAGUAGACUCUAUAUCUUUCGUAUGCAAUAUUUUGCAUUACUUAUAGAUCUAGAUCUAGAAUGUGUUUUAAAUGUUGUUUUAUACCAUAGCGAUUCAUGACUUAGUUUUGUAAAAUUCUAAUCGGUUUUUUCCGAUUGUUGUCGGCUUUGUCCGUAACUCGUAACAUCAAAGGCAGAGGAAGUCUAGUUGAGAACGAAGAUGGCUGAACUCUUAUAAUAGAAUUUAUGUUCUUCUUGUAAUUACAAUAACAAUUGUUAUAGUUAGAAAAGGAACUUAGUUCAGCUGUAUAUAUUGAAGAGUAGUAGCUAGUUGAUAAGCGUGAUUAAUGUCAACAGAAAUGACAUUUUGAUGGCUGGAAAAAAAAUUGACAUUAACACAGCAACAGUGAGUGAUUUAGAAAACUUGGCUUGCGUAGGACAUCACAGGGCUGAAGCUAUUGUGAAACACAGAAGAGAAAGUGGUGGAUUCCAUAGUGUGGUUGAGUUGUCACUUGUUCCAGGUAUAAGCACCGCCAUCAUUGAGCAGAACAAAGGACGCAUUAUUUGCCGGAGACCAUCUCCAGCUAAGAAAAGAAAUGGUCAAUCUAAAAUACAAAAACGAAUUACUAGAAAACAUGGGCAUCUGAGUGAGUCUUUAGAUCUAUUCAUCUCUGAAGCUUCUGGUGUAGGACUAGAAUGUCCUAGCCAUGCCUCCCCCCCACCAAGUCACUUCACUCGUUCUCAGAGUGCAGCGCUCAGACUUGGUCAAGGCUGCUCUUCUGAGACUCCCCCUGCUGAGAGCUCUUCCACUAAUUUCAUAGUCACACGAAGCGGGGGCGGCACAGCAAGGGCACUUAGUAAUCGAGGUCAUCAUGAAGAAGACAGCGGAAAUGAUGGUGACGAUGAGAGGGAUGAAAGGAUUGCGGCGGCUGCAGCAGCAGGGGACGUGAAGAAUGUUGACAAUGUACAUAACGACUACAAUGAGGUCCAUGGUGCCUUGGAGGAUGGAGGCUCUGACAAUGAGGCUAGUAACGAGGAUGAGGAAUGUCUGCUGAAUCAUGCUGCCGACAGCUUUGAUGGGGAUUAUGAUGAAGACAAUGGCGACAACCAAGACCAAGAGGAGGUGGAACAUGAAGAGGAUGAGGAUGGCGGGAAGUCUUACAGAGAUAAUCAGAGACAUUCUCUUAGUUUUAAUCUUCGACUGCGCUCUGGCUGCUGCUCCACUAGUGACAAAGGAGAAAGCAAAUCGCCUUUAAAAAGAAAAUCUGAAGUUGAAGAUGACAAAGAUGCUGACCUGUCCCCUGGCAAGAAACUUAGAACGGCAAUGGUUAGUUGUCAAGUAUGUGGACAAAGUCUUAACAGAGUUCCAAGAUGGAAGCUGGCGCAGAUGCCAAGAGGCAAGAUUCCAUCCAAAGAGAACCCUCCACCUAAAAUGGAUGACUGGUUAAAAACAUUUCAGGCCUGGGGUAAUGCAGAGCGAAUGAUGGCUGUGGAUGAGCUAAUCAAUCUAUGUGACCCAACCCAGGUUCGACACAUGAUGCAAGUCAUAGAGCCACAGUUUCAGAGAGACUUUAUCUCUUUGUUGCCUAAAGAGCUGGCCCUGUACGUUUUGUCAUUUCUCGAGGCUAGAGACUUAUUAAGAGCUGCUCAGACCUGCAGAUACUGGCGGGUGUUAGCCGAGGAUAAUUUACUCUGGAGAGAGAAAUGCAGGGAGGAGGGGAUUGAUGAGGAGACAGUCUAUGGUUCCCGUAUGCGCAGGCGGCAUUCAGCACGCUCACCCUACAAGUCUUUGUUUAUGAGACAAUCCCAGAUAGAACACAAUUGGAGGUCUGGGGUCAACCGUCCACCAAAAAUUCUGAAAGGCCAUGAUGACCAUGUUAUCACAUGCCUCGAGUUUUGUGGCAAUCGUGUAGUCAGUGGUUCUGAUGACAACACCCUUAAAGUCUGGUCAGUCACCUCGGGAAAGUGCCUGCGAACUCUGAUUGGUCAUACUGGAGGUGUGUGGUCAUCUCAGAUGUCUGGUACAGUAGUUAUAAGUGGCUCCACUGACCGGACAUUAAAAGUUUGGAAUGCUGAGACGGGUCAGUGUCGACACACUCUGUAUGGACAUUCCUCUACGGUCAGGUGUAUGUCCUUGUACAAUAACCAGGUUGUCAGUGGCUCUAGAGACGCAACGCUGAGAGUGUGGGACAUUGAUACAGGCGUUUGUAAACAUAUUCUCAUGGGCCAUGUGGCCGCUGUAAGAUGUGUUCACUAUGAUGGUAAACGUGUGGUCAGUGGUGCCUAUGACUACACAGUCCGUGUCUGGGAUCCAGAGACCGAGACCUGUCUACAUACUUUACAAGGACAUUCCAAUCGAGUUUAUUCCCUACAGUUUGAUGGUGUCCAUGUUGUGAGUGGAUCACUGGAUACAUCUAUACGCGUUUGGGAUGUGGAGUCUGGCAAUUGUCUGCACACUCUCAUUGGUCAUCAAUCUCUGACCUCUGGCCUGGAGUUAAAAAACAAUAUUUUAGUUUCUGGUAACGCAGACUCAACAGUCAAAGUUUGGGACAUCACAACAGGGCAAUGUCUACAGACUUUACAAGGUCCAAACAAACACCAGAGUGCUGUCACUUGUCUACAGUUUAGUCAAAAAUUUGUGAUCACAUCGUCUGAUGAUGGCACGGUCAAGAUUUGGGACCUUAAAACAGGAGAAUUUCUCCGAAACCUCGUGACUUUGGGCAGCGGUGGCAGUGGGGGCGUUGUAUGGCGGCUGCGGUGCUCAAACACUCGACUGGUGUGUGCUGUGGGCAGCAGGAAUGGCACUGAAGAAACCAAGUUGAUGGUGUUGGACUUUGAUGUCGAAGAUAAAGACCGAAAAUUUUAUGGAGAACAACAGGUAGAGAGGAGACAAUCCAAUGGCUUAUAAAAAAAAAAGUAUUAGCAUCUCGUGGUUAGAGUCAUUUUCCACUUCAUUUCAUGGUGAUAGACAUUCACUACAUACUGAGCUCCACCAUAAUCAAAGAACAUUUAUUUUAUAUCAUUUGUUUGAUUUCUGGGUUUUGUUAAGUAUUUUUUUAACAGGUGAUCUUUUACCAAAAUAACUUGUAGUUGACAUUUCUGUUCACCAUCUGGUGUUUGUAUUGAACUGCAUCUAAGGUCAAGGUGACAGAAGUAAAUCUUCAGUUGUAAAUAUAAAUAUAAAAUUUUAUUUUAUGCUAUUGAAGAUUAAUUCCAUGUUUCACGUGAACAGAAUUUUCUUUUGAUUGAACUGGCCAUUUCAAUGCUGUGUUUACUUCUCUUGUUAUUUCUGUACUCAGCAGAAAUGAAGACUUCCUUCGCUACUUAGAAAAAUGUCAAAUUGAAGUGCUAAAACAUAUUUGUUUCAUUUCUUUCUUAGCAAGUUUUAAAAGAGUUGGAGACAUUGAAUUUUUUUUUUUCAAGAAAGUUUUUUUUUUUUUUUUUUUUUUAGUAACUUUAAUUCUGAAAGACGGAUUCAUGUUUUGAAAUAACUUAGAAGCAGAGAUAUAAAAGUGAAAAUGUUAAACCUUGAGCUCAGUGAAUACAAAGAGUUGCUUUGACUUAAGCCAGAUCACUCUGUGCUCCCAUGAAGAGAAAAUAAUGGACAGAUAAUAGAUCCAUUUUAUCAUUGACAUGGUCUAGUCUGUGCCAUUGUGACACAAAACUUUGCUAGUGGAACAUAUUGUUGGAAGUUUCCCUUGCACUGGAGAAAUUUAACUCUAUUCUAGUGAGAUUGUGUUUCUCUUGUAGGGCUGUUGGCUCGCUGACCUAGUUUAGUGCUGUCUCCUAGUGGUCAGUGUCAUGGUGGUAGAGGUCAGUCUCUGGUCUAGUUGUUUUUAUAAUGAAUUUCAUGAGUUCACAUUUUCAUUAAACAAAAGACCAAACAAUUAUUUGUUGUUGUUGGCAUCAAAGAGUGACUUGCAGGGGAGGCUACCCAGAACUCAAGUAUUGAGGUUGUUACAAGACUUGUACUCAGACAUUAUUGUGAUAGGAAGUUUACUUUGGGGGAAAAUACCCAAGCUGGGUUUUUUUUAUUAUUAUUAUUAUUGAAAGCAUUUGUUUGUAUGUACUCUACUGAACCUCUAUAAAGAGUCUGUGUGAAAGAGACUUUGUUCAUAAUGUACAUAAGAUGAGAGCAUUCCUUGGGAUAUUUCUGCCUGUAUGUUUGGGUUUUCAAGUGUUACCAAUAUCUUCAUUCUGUCUUCACACACACAUUUCCCUCUUUACAGACAGACUGGCUGUUUGUUUGGUAUAAUUGUUUUGUUGUUUUUUUUACAGUAUUUUAUAACAUUUAUCUAAUCCUAUAUUUGUAUACAACACAGUUAAAUACAGAAGCUGGUUUGGUGCCGGGUAGUUAUUAUCUUAGGUCUGGCUGUGAGUGAAUGCUGUACAAAAUGUGUAUUUACUUGUUCAACGCUCCGAGAUGUCUCCAUUAUUUCAAAAAUGAACGAAUUUUCAUCUUGCGAAAGAAAGUAAGCUUUGAACGUAAAAAUUGGAUUCAUAAAGAUUCUCAAGCAAACAGGGCUCAAGCAGUGAAAGCUAUGAUUCGCAAAACAAACGCUUACAAGUUGACCCAGUCCAAGUCCACGAUUAGUGAGCUGUAACAUUUGACCUUUGUUUUAUGUUUGAAUAUCUACUGAAAUUAGAAACUGUAUUUAUUUUACCAUUUUGAAUUAUUGUAAUUAAAAAAAAUAUAUAAUAAAUUUCCAAAAUAGUUUACCAAUGUGACAUUGUGCUACUAACUACGUGUAUAUUAAAUUUUUUUUCUUUGACCUAUUCCGUUGAGAAAUUAUUUUUUUUGGCCAGUUACUGUCCCUAGUCCUCACAAUAUUUGAUGAGUCUCACAUCACAUCUAUGUUUGAAUUGGUUUGUUGUUUAGGUUUGUAGAGUUUGUGUGUGCUAUAAAGUAUGUUGGUUGAGUCUUAUAUAACUCCACUAUGUUUGAAUUGGUUUGUGUCAGUGUGCUAUGAAGUGUGUUUGUGUUGUGUGUAUGUAGUUUUAGAGACGCCUGUACAUUUACUCCAAACAAACUGUCAAUGUUUCCAUUGUUCCAGUUAAUCAACUACUCACUGAGUGUAAAUAGCUAUCCCAUAAUUUAGUGAUUGUAUGGAACCAUAUUUCUGAUAGUCUAAGGAACCAAAAAGAAAAUUUUUUCUUUUUAUUCUGAUUUUGUUUCAUUUCUGUCUGACAUUGUUUUGAUUCUAGAACAGCAUUGAGGUCAAUCAGAAAGCUGUCAAGUUUGUGUCAGAUUUCUUGUAUUAUACAAGCACUUUGGUAUUAUUUUAUGAAGCCAGGGGAAAUUUUUGUCUUUUUUUUUUUUUUGUUGUUUAAUCUGUGUCACAUGAGCAUUAUUUGUCUUGGUUGAAUGUUUAAUGAAUGACUUUGACUUGAUGAGUGACUGACUUUUGAUGACAUCAUGAAACUGCUGAAUGGUUUGUAGAAAUGUUUGUAUGUUAUACCAAGUUUGUAUGUCACAUCAUCAUCACGCUCUACUGUCACAGUGUCACGGUGGCCUGAAGAUUUUCAAUGAACCAGAACCAGUGCUGUCAUGAGUUAUUUAAAUGUUACAGAGAUGUCACAAUUCAUUCUCACAAUGUCAUGCACUCAAUGUGUCAAACAGUAUGAAAUUUGUAAAUUGAUAACUCUCAACACUUACUGGUCAAUCUUUCAUUAAAGAUUUGUUGUGACCACAAAUUGGUUCCGUUUUGAACUUAAAUGGUCCAUUUGUGACCAGAAAUUGGUCCAUUUGUGACCUUACAUGGGUCCAGUUGCGACCAGACAUUGUCCAAUUGUACUUGGCCAUGUGACAAAAGUCAAUUUACUGUAUGGCAAAAUCAUCUUGUGACAUCUUGUUGAUUUGUUCUCUAUGUGUACUCAACCAAAUGGCAGACUGUAGUAUUCCAAAUGAUUUCAUUUAUUUUGUCAUCAAGUCAGACUCUCCUUUGGAGAAACAACUUUAAUUUGACCUUUGACCUUGUAGAAUGUUUGAAGCAAAAGAAAUUGUAUAAACCGACUAUUUGAGUUUUUUAUUUUUGUGAAUACAAAUUAUAUUGAAUUGUAUUUUAAACUAAGUAAUAAAUCAAUACAUGACUAAUGGCAAACACC